CAUUUGGAAAUUUAAAAAAACAGUGGAGUGGUGUGGAUUGCAGUGGACUCAUAGUGGACUGUGGAAAAGACCCGCCAAUCGUAACAAAUACGAAGUCGUCUUCAUUAGAAGCUAGGAUUAUCUAUUUGAUAUAAAAUGUCGAAGAGAUCUACCAAUACGCCAAUAGGCCAUGAUGCAAAAAAACCCAAACUGCAUAUUACCCGAUCAGACCACCCCAUCCCGUCUAGUCAACAAAACAGCAGUUUUUCUAUUAUACAAGAAAACGAGUGUGAUGUAUGGGGCGAUGAUGCUGAUGAUGAAAUUUUACUUCAAGCGAGCCAAGCUUGCGAUGAAGAAUCAAAUGAUAUUAGUAUUUUACCCGACUACAGUAAUUGGAAGCAACCAGCAUCCACCAGCACACAGUAUCAGCCAAGUCCCAGCACUUCCAAAGCCUCAUUUGAGUUUAAAAAGCCUAGUUCCAAACUCCCAGCCUCCGUUCACCUAAAGUAUAAAUGUAACACAAUAUCAUCACCGCUACCCGGCAUAUCCACUAUGUCUCACAACAGACCUCCCAGUAUCACCGACGACUUGGCAAUCAGUGACAAAAUUGUGUCGGGAGACGAUUCUGAUGUAUGGCGACGGCUGCUUCUAUUAGAAGAGGAGAACAAUAAAUUAAAAUCUGAAUAUGGAAAGUUAUCCGAUAAAGUUGUCACAAAGGAGGGUGAGGCGUCUAUUUUGCGAAGUCAGUUAAAAGCGUCUCAGUUAGCCAACGAUAAUGCCAGAAUGGACAAGAUCAGGGCUCAGGAAAGAGUUCAGAUGGAGUGUGAUGAGAAGAUGGCAGCAAUGACGCGAGAGUUGCAAAGCCUGAAGUCUCAGUUGGAAUUUAAGGACUUGGAAAUUUUAAAUGUUAAAGACAAGUUUAAAAAGUUAGAGGCCAACAAACUUAGACAGAAUGAAAUAUUAAGUCAUAGAAACAACAAUACUGUCGCUGGUCUGAAUGAUGGUAUGACUCAGCAAAAGAAAGUUCAGACUACAUCCAGUAGCAUACAAACAGAAGACAAAGCUCCCUUCAUCAAACUCAAUAAAUAUCGUAGAAGAGGUGACUUUCACACCCCAACAAAGAAGGAUGGCAAUUCACAGCUAUCGGAAGUAUUAGGAAGUCUGCGCGAGCUGAAGUGGGAGUUGGAAGCUGGAGCGCCGGCCGACGUCGACGAGCCGCAGCCCGACACCCUGGGGCCCGACGUGUCGCUGGACCGCCUCCGCGAUGUUUUCCCGCUGUACCGCGGCGAGCGCGGCGUGGCGGCGCGCCUUGUACUAGCAGCGCUGGCAUCGGAGCCGCACCCGCCUCUGGCCCGCGACCAGUGGGACCACAUACUCACGUGGGCUACCGAGAUAUGCAUCUUGAUAGAGAAACAAGUGAGUUCGGGACUAUUCCCACCUCUCGUUCCCACCGCUGCAACGGCUGGAAAUUUCUACUCCGACAAGCGUUACUUCUUCUUUUCGUGUCGACAACAAACCUACACAGUGUCAGCGGAGGACUCUCAGACAUAG